AGGUGGCCCUGUGACUAGGAGCAGCCACCAUGCAUCCCAGUUGCCCCAGCAGGAGAAUGAGAUGAAUAAGACUUGCCUGCCCGAGGGUCUCGGGGAGAGGAACUUAAACAACCCGGCAGAGGAGAGAACCCGACACCCAGGAGCGCUGGCAUCCCAGCCUUGCCUACUGGAGAGGUGACUUGGUCCCCGAACCUCAGUUCUUCCACCUGUGAAAUGCAGAUCAUAAAGGUGGAUGCUGGCCUCACAGCUCUGGGCCCGUAGGACAAGCUGGACAGAGGGCAGACGGUAUUAUCGCUUUCACUACUAUUACUGGUGGCUUUCCUUCCCAGCCUUUCUGGUGGGUGGUCAGACACAGGGCAGAACUUUCUCAUGAAGGCAGCUGAAGGAACUCACAAGUUUCUUCCAGCGGGGAGGACAGAGGGAAGGAGAAGUGUCUUCCAGGCACUGCUGUGGGCCCAGGACAUCUGCUGCAUGGAGGCAGGGGCAUGGAUGAAAAGACACAGAUGACCUGAUGGAAUGGUGCCCCAGCUUCCUCCUCCUCCCCUUUUUGGAGGUGCCUCUGUUUGCCGAGGAUGGGCCCUGGGGAAGCUGGUGUGCAGAGGCUAGGUGCCCAGCCUUGCUUUAGGAAAGCCUCACAAAGUCUAGGGCCCACCAGGGGUUUCCCAGGGGGGCUCUGCUGCUCCACCCACUCUCGCUCCCCUCUGUGCCCUGACUCAGCGGGAACAGAGGCUUGAGCUCCAGGCCUGGCCUGCCAGGGGCUGCCAAGUUGGUGCUGGACAUCUGCAGAAUCCCUGAGCCUCUCUGCCCUGGCCCUGGCUGCUCUAGCCAUCUGGUCAGCAGGCCACGGGCACAUCUGUCUCCUCCCUGGAGCCCUUGGUUCAUUCUCGCUGGGUCUCCCUGCGUCCCUCCACCUGCUUAGGCCCCUGCAUCUCAGGAGCUUUCUGAGGCUCGUGACCUGGGGCACGGUCGUCCCGGAAGUUCAGCCUUUCCCUCCGUACAACGGAGCCAUCAGACGGGACACCUCAUACAUCCCAGACCCCAUUCUCAGGAGCCCCAGGGACAGGGCCCGCUCUGGAGGCAGAAGUCGGACAGGCGGGGCUGGGGCUUUGCCACCGCCAGCCUCCCCGGUAACCUCAGGCCAGCGGCUGCUCCGUCUGGACACCCGACAUGUGGCCCCCAGUUCUGGACCCGGGAAGAAGGCCUCCCUGCUCGCCGCUCCUGGGCCGCCGCCGCCGGCAGCAGCCAACAGGCAGCUGGGCCGGCCUGGCCGGGCUCCAGAGGCGCAGAGCGGGUUAAAGUGUGCGCCAGGCCGGCCGGCGCGGGCGGGGGAGCGGCCUGGUGGGAAGUGUGAGUGUUCCUCCCCGUCUGCCUGACAGCUAUAAAGGCGGCCGCCGGCGCAGAGCCGCCACUGGGCUGCGCCCCUCCCGGGAACCCCCUCUCUUGGAUGCUCUUUGAAGUGGGAGAGGGAGGCGGCGCGGGGGAGGAGGGGAAGGGGAGAGGGAGGCCGGGCCGCAGCCUCUGCACUCACGCCGCCCCCGCACGCACAGCGCACCUGGCGCCGUCUGCCCUCCGCAGCGCUCGCCCCUUUCUCUGGGAGGACAACCUGCUGACCCGAAGCCAGGAUGGAUGGCAGAUGGCAAUGUUCCUGCUGGGCCUGGUUCCUGCUGGUUCUGGCAGUUGUGGCUGGGGACACAGUGUCAACCGGGUCCACGGACAACAGCCCAACAUCCAAUAGCCUGGAGGGGGGCACCGACGCCACGGCCUUCUGGUGGGGGGAGUGGACCAAGUGGACGGCGUGUUCCCGCAGUUGCGGGGGUGGGGUGACAUCCCAGGAGCGGCACUGCCUGCAGCAGAGGAGGAAGUCCGUCCCGGGCCCCGGGAACAGGACCUGCACGGGCACGUCCAAGCGGUACCAGCUCUGCAGAGUGCAGGAGUGUCCGCCGGACGGGAGGAGCUUCCGCGAGGAGCAGUGCGUCUCCUUCAACUCCCACGUGUACAACGGGCGGACGCACCAGUGGAAGCCUCUGUACCCGGAUGACUAUGUCCACAUCUCCAGCAAACCGUGUGACCUGCACUGCACCACCGUGGACGGCCAGCGGCAGCUCAUGGUCCCCGCCCGCGACGGCACAUCCUGCAAGCUCACUGACCUGCGAGGGGUUUGCGUGUCUGGAAAAUGUGAGCCCAUCGGCUGUGACGGGGUGCUUUUCUCCACCCACACACUGGACAAGUGUGGCGUCUGCCAGGGGGACGGUAGCAGCUGCACCCACGUGACGGGCAACUAUCGCAAGGGGAAUGCCCACCUUGGUUACUCUCUGGUGACCCACAUCCCGGCUGGUGCCCGAGACAUCCAGAUUGUAGAGAGGAAGAAGUCUGCUGACGUGCUAGCUCUUGCAGACGAAGCUGGCUACUACUUCUUCAACGGCAACUACAAGGUGGACAGCCCCAAGAACUUCAACAUCGCAGGCACGGUGGUCAAGUACCGGCGGCCCAUGGAUGUCUAUGAGACCGGAAUCGAGUACAUCGUGGCACAGGGGCCCACCAACCAGGGCCUGAAUGUCAUGGUGUGGAACCAGAACGGCAAAAGCCCCUCCAUCACCUUCGAGUACACGCUGCUGCAGCCGCCACACGAGAGCCGCCCCCAGCCCAUCUACUAUGGCUUCUCCGAGCCCGCCUCCGAGAGCGCUGAGAGCCAGGGCCUGGACGGGGCCGGGCUGAUGGGCUUCGUCCCGCACAACGGCUCCCUCUACGGCCAGGCCUCCUCAGAGCGGCUGGGCCUGGACAACCGGCUGUUCGGCCACCCGGGCCUGGACAUGGAGCUGGGCCAGAGCCAGGGCCAGGAGACCAACGAGGUGUGCGAGCAGGCCGGCGGCGGGGCCUGCGAGGGGCCCCCCAGGGGCAAGGGCUUCCGAGACCACAACGUCACGGGGACUCCUCUCACCGGGGACAAGGAUGACGAAGAGGUUGACACCCACUUCGCCUCCCAGGAGUUCUUCUCGGCUAACGCCAUCUCUGACCAGCUGCUGGGUGCAGGCUCUGACUUGAAGGACUUCACCCUCAAUGAGACUGUGAACAGCAUCUUUGCACAGGGCGCCCCAAGGAGCUCCCUGGCCGAGAGCUUCUUCGUGGAUUAUGAGGAGAACGAGGGGGCUGGCCCUUACCUGCUCAACGGGUCCUACCUGGAGCUGAGCAGCGACAGGGUUGCCAACAGCUCCUCCGAGGCCCCAUUCCCCAACGUUAGCACCAGCCUGCCCACCUCGGCCGGGAACAGGACUCACAAGGCCAGGACCAGGCCCAAGGCGCGCAAGCAAGGCGUGAGUCCCGCGGACAUGUACCGGUGGAAGCUCUCGUCCCACGAGCCCUGCAGUGCCACCUGCACCACAGGGGUCAUGUCUGCGUACGCCAUGUGUGUCCGCUAUGAUGGCGUCGAGGUGGAUGACAGCUACUGUGACGCCCUGACCCGUCCCGAGCCUGUCCACGAGUUCUGCGCUGGGAGGGAGUGCCAGCCCAGGUGGGAGACGAGCAGCUGGAGCGAGUGUUCGCGCACCUGCGGAGAGGGCUACCAGUUCCGCGUCGUGCGCUGCUGGAAGAUGCUCUCGCCCGGCUUCGACAGCUCGGUGUACAGCGACCUGUGCGAGGCAGCCGAGGCCGUGCGGCCCGAGGAACGCAAGACCUGCCGGAACCCCGCCUGCGGGCCCCAGUGGGAGAUGUCGGAGUGGUCCGAGUGCACUGCCAAGUGUGGGGAGCGCAGUGUGGUGACCAGGGACAUCCGCUGCUCGGAGGAUGAGAAGCUGUGUGACCCCAACACCAGGCCUGUAGGGGAGAAGAACUGCACGGGCCCGCCCUGUGACCGGCAGUGGACCGUCUCCGACUGGGGACCGUGCAGUGGAAGCUGCGGGCAAGGCCGCACCAUCAGGCACGUGUACUGCAAGACCAGCGACGGACGGGUGGUACCUGAGUCCCAGUGCCAGAUGGAGACCAAGCCUCUGGCCAUCCACCCCUGUGGGGACAAAAACUGUCCCGCCCACUGGCUGGCCCAGGACUGGGAGCGGUGCAACACCACCUGCGGGCGCGGGGUCAAGAAGCGGCUGGUGCUCUGCAUGGAGCUGGCCAACGGGAAGCCGCAGACGCGCAGUGGCCCCGAGUGCGGGCUCGCCAAGAAGCCUCCCGAGGAGAGCACGUGUUUCGAGAGGCCCUGCUUCAAGUGGUACACCAGCCCCUGGUCAGAGUGCACCAAGACCUGCGGGGUGGGCGUGAGGAUGCGAGACGUCAAGUGCUACCAGGGGACCGACAUCGUCCGUGGUUGCGAUCCGUUGGUGAAGCCCGUUGGCAGACAGGCCUGUGAUCUGCAGCCCUGCCCCACGGAGCCCCCAGAUGACAGCUGCCAGGACCAGCCAGGCACCAACUGUGCCCUGGCCAUCAAAGUGAACCUCUGCGGGCACUGGUACUACAGCAAGGCGUGCUGCCGCUCCUGCAGGCCCCCCCACUCCUAGGCCCGGCAGCUGCAGCCCCUUCCAGAUGAAGACCAAGCGCCCCUCCUGGGGCUGCUGCAGCUUCUGGGGCCUCCACAGACCCCCCUCCUGCAGGGCACGCUGGCCUAAGAGACGUGGCACUGAGCCUCGGCUGUCGAGAGGGGACUUCCCACGGCCCAUGGACCUUAGUGCUCCUGGGGCAGAGCCUCCGGCACCCAGUGGCCUCCCCCAGACAGAGCCACCCCUGCCGUGGGAACCUGUCCGUGUUCCUGCGUGGAUCCUGUGUUUGUGGCUCCCGCUUCCCAGCCCCCAGCAGCCCCCAGCCGAGGGGCCCAGGGCCCACAGCCAGCGGUGGAGGUGUCUUGCUCCGGGCCCGUAGCCCACACCCUCUCUGGGUGGCAGGGCCUUCUGAAGGAAACUUGCAGGCGAGCCCAACGUGGUGGGGGGCCUUCCUCCCUCGGAGGCCAUGGGGUGAGAGGGGCUCAGGCAGCCAAGGAGGCCCAGGCGUGCUCCCUCUUAUGGAGCCCCUCCCAUGGAGCUCUCUUCCCGCCGCACUUUCUACCCCGGGCAGAGGCGCUUGCCCACGGGACGUUUGGGGAUGGACCUCGGCCCCCGCCCCUGCAGUCAGCGUCAGUGCUCAUCUACGUUAAUAAAGUGGUCCUAUUUAUGGCGGCA